GACGUUAGAAACCUGAAAAAAAUGGAGAGUAUAUUGAAGGCGUUGAUCACAAGGUAACAAAAGCGGAGAACCCCACAAUCACAUGAUGAGUGAUGGAUAGAUUAACUGUACUAAAGAGGCGAUUGAACAAUUGAGUGGAAAUUAAGGUUCAAAAAUGCUGCUGGUAAGUCAAGGUGCAGGAGGAGGUCUAUCAGCAAGAAGAUGUACGUGUACCCACAUUUCUCCUCCCAAAUUCGCACACAAAAAACCACCUCUUUUCUUCUCUAAUAAUGCCACCGCUGGAGGACCCAAGUUCAUUUCCAAGAAAAGACAAUCCUUUUAUCAUCAUCUCACUCUGGCCAAGGCUGCUGAUGGAAGUUCUGAUUCCCCCACUUCUUCAACAACUAAGCAAUCUCCUUCGACCAACAAUUCACCUCCUCCUUCUUUUAGAACUGAUGAAACCGUUUUCGUGGGUCAAGAAAAUGUUCCUUUGGAAGGAGUUAUUCAGUUUGAGAAACCCUCUUCCUCUUCACGUUUGGACAAAUGGGGUCGGGUAGCCUUGAUUUCUGGUGGAGAUGUAUUGGCUUUGCUUUUGUUCUCUGCAAUUGGAAGAUUUAGCCACGGUUACUCUGUUUUUGAUUUUGAGACAUUGCGCACUGCUGACCCAUUUGUUGCUGGGUGGUUCUUGGGGGCUUACUUCCUUGGAGGUUAUGGGGAGGAUGGUCGUGGAAUGAAUGGUCCCUCUAAAGCUGUUAUUGCCGCUGUUAAAUCUUGGGCUGUAGGGAUUCCUCUGGGAUUAAUUAUAAGGGCAGUAACAUCAGGUCACAUUCCACCAUAUACUUUUGUCUUGGUAACAAUGGGAAGCACUGCCGUUUUACUUGUGGGAUGGAGAGCACUAUUAUCCAGCAUUCUCCCUACUAACGAGAGUAAGAAGAAUGAUGUCUACCGCCGUGGCAGCCCCUUUGAGCUCUUUGAGUUGCUAACAUCAUUAGUACGAAGAUGGUGAGUGAGAUAGCUCGGUUGAGUGUGAUUGUAUGAUGUUUUCUCUGAAGGCACCAACAUUUCCAAUUUUGACUUCAUACUCUUUGUAGUUACCACCUACCAUUGUAACUGGCAUGGAAAAACAUUCUGGAUAUGCUAAUUGUAUAUGAUCAUUGUGCCCUAAGCAUCAAAAUUCUGUUUCAGCUCUCCUUCGAAUGUAUUCUUUUCUCUGGUGCUUGAUUUUAGUUUUAAGAAAUAAAGAAUGAAAUAUGUUUUCUCGCAA